AGGGAAAGGAAAAAUCACGUUCUACCUCGAUUCUGGGGAUGAUUUCACACAGGAGACUCAAGAAAAUUCAGGGGAAAGAAAUUCGGGAGACGUAUUGUUCCUUCCACAAAGACCUUAUAUGGUUCUGGGAACUCUGCGUCAGCAAUUGCUUUAUCCUGCCUGGAAUGCAACUGUGGAGGAGGAGGCGACACCUGGUGGCAGUAAAAUAGACGGUUCAACACCUCUUUUGAUUAGAGACGACGGAAAUGAAAAGUGUAAUAAGCCGACAACAGAUGAUCUGAUGCGGACUCUAGAGAAGGUUUGUCUUGGACAUAUAGCGGAUCGCUUUGGUGGUCUUGAUUCGAUACACGAGUGGUCCAGUGUUCUCUCACUUGGUGAGCAGCAGCGCCUUGCCUUUGCACGGUUAUUGCUGGCUCAGCCAAAGCUGGCCCUCCUGGAUGAAUCCACUAGUGCUUUGGAUGAAGCUAAUGAGGCGCUUCUGUACCAGCAAAUCCAGUCGGCCGACAUUACAUAUAUAAGCAUUGGCCACCGCCGGACUUUAACCAAAUUCCAUAACAAGAUCUUACGAAUCUCAACGGCAGACCCGAAGAGCAAGGAACGCAACUGGCAAAUAGAGGACGCGGAUGCCAAAGAUUCUUUGUACGGUCCACUGAGUCAAUAGGAGGUGCCAAGUGAAAGCCGAUCAAAACCUGAUUGAUUACAUAGAGACAGAAGAAGGUAAAACGCAACCGGGUGUGUUCAUGGGGUGCAGAUGAUAGGAAACAGGCCCGUUCUUGAAACAUAAAAAGAAUUAUGUUUGGUAUCCGAAAAACAAGCUUUUUGUA